UUAUGAAAUGAGAAAACAGGUUUGCUCUUCUCACCUGUGUGCGUGCGUGCUUCAACAACAACAACACAUACCCUCACCUCACUUUUACUUUCAUUCCACACACCAAAACGCCAACCUCUCUCUACACUCGCAACAUUCUAUAAUUUUCCAAAGCUUUCACUCCUAUGAAGCUAGGGUUUCCAUUUCACUCACCCAGGCCAGGAAUUGAGUAACAUAGGUUCAGUGAUCGUGAUUGGAAGGUUGCAAUUUGGUUUAUCUGAUAGUGUAACUUCGUACCAGCCGUUGAAGUGACCGUGCUUGUUCUUGAACAUUUUUUUUUCUCCAGAAAUUCUUAAUGGGAGGGACAAUUCUGGCACACCAAAAGAAUGACCUUGAUGCUUUGAGAAAGAUUAUGUAAAGCAGUAUGACUCUUGAAGAUUUUUUUACCUUGACUGAGAUGAAAGAUGGGCUCACAGCACCUUCUCGGGUGCAGGAGCUGGUCUCUGUGAUGCAGAAGGAAAAAGAUUGUGAGGUUAAAAAUGCUGCUGAUGCAACAAGGCAAUGGGCUGCUGUUGCAAGCACUAUUGCUGCUACAGAGAAUAAAGACUGCCUCGAUCUUUUUAUUCAAUUAGAUGGAGUUUGCUUUAUUAAUAGAUGGUUGAAGGAUGCCCAAAAUUUUGGGGUUGAUACAAACGACAGCUUUGUUGAGGAAUCAAUCACUGCAAUGUUACGUGCAGUUGAAAAGCUGCAUCUAGACAGUGAGAAGUCAAUGUCAUCAGGAAUUCACAUCACUGUAAGUAAUCUUCUUGACCACCAAAGUGCUAGGGUUCAGGAUAGAGCAAGGACAUUAUUUGACAGCUGGAAGGGAGGUGGAAAUGGUGAUGCUGAAUCUCAUGAUGUGGAGCUUGCCAAGGUUGACAAUACAAGUGACGAUAUUGUCAGGGAAGAAGCCCAGCCAUCUGCUUCAAAUGAAGCUGGCAAUGAUAUUGAUCAUGCAUCAGGACUAAUUGGAAGUGAGAAAUCUUUAUUGAGAAGCUCAAAUAAUUUACCAAUACAUAGUUCUGAUAAUGUGUUGCAGUCAUCCACCAGUGUGGAAUGUGAUGACAUCAAAGAGGGAUCAGCAAACCAUGUUACUGGUGUUCCAUCUUCUGCUCAAGAAGUUACUCCCGUACAUGAAGGAUUGCCGCUAUGCACUACAGCUGAGACCACUUCAGUUGGACCCUCUAUGUUUCCCAUUUCAAAUCAAGACAGUUUUGAAGAACAGUCAGACGCAAUACAGUUAAGUGACUUAGCUAAAAUGGAAAAGCAGGAGAAAAAUGUUAAUGACCCUUCAGAAAAAUUGGGAGCGCCAGAUAUCUGUUCUAUGUCCUCUUCUAAGCCUGAGCCCGAGCCCAAGCCCGAGCCUGUUUCCAUGGUUCCAGAGCCAGCAGCACCAGAAUCUGAGAAUGAAUCUGCUUUAGAGCAAAAUGUUGAACACAGCGAGGAUGGUGUUUGUCAUAAAAUAACUACUUCUGCUAGUAUGAGUACACCUGCAUCUGAUAGGAGUGGGGAAGAUGAUGUUAGAAGUGUAACCGGCACUCCACAAGUUUUCAAAGCUGCAGAAAAUGAUAAUGAUUGUUGUUCUAAUGCAUUGCAGGACACAUCAGUCAGUGACAGUAACUUGGGAAAGACUGAGGUGUUAGACAUGUCUGUUUCUGGAACAGAAAAUGUCACAGCAUCAAAUGAAGGCAAGGGCCAUGUUUAUAAUGGUGACGAAGAUAAAUCAAAUGGUUCUGAUUCUAGUAAUCCUGGAAUAAAUUUCAGAAUCCCCAAGACAAUUGACAAUAGAGGUUCUGACAAUGAACUUGACUGUGGUAUUGUGGAUGCUUUAGAAUUUGCUCGACAAGUUGCUGAGGAAGUUAAUAGGGAGGUCUGCAGUUCUUCGGAAAAAAUCUCCGAAGGCGGAUUCAGGCAACCAGGCAGUCCAGAUUCUGUGAGUAAAGAGGAUGAGCUCACUCCUGUCCCACCCAAGGAGGUCUCCACCAGACAAAACCAUGCUACUGAGGCAUGUUCAAUGGAGGGGCGUGUGAGUGUUUUAGAAAACACCAAGGUUGAACCAGAAUGCAGACCUGACAUGGUGUCCUUGGAGUUGACUGAAGCAGCUCAAGAUUCAGGAGGCAGUUCAGAGAAGCGUCUCUGCGGCUUUGAUCUCAAUGAAGUUGGUUCUGAUGAUAUGGAUGUUUCUGUAAAGACUAUGUCUAUGCCAAUACCUGUUGUCUCUGCUUCAAGGCCUGCACCAACUCCUGGGUUGCCUGUGGCUCCUUUGCAGUUUCAGGGAACACUUGGAUGGAAAGGAACAGCUGCCACCAGUGCCUUUCGACCUGCAUCACCUCGUAAGAAUUGUGAUGGUGAGAGGAAUCUUUCUGUUGAUAUGAACUUUGACACUUCCAAGCAGAGGAAGGAUUGGCUUGAUAUUGAUCUAAAUGUGGCUGAGGGUGAAGAAGGCACAUUUAAACCUAUUGCUGAAUCUUCAGGCAGGCCUUCUGGGCAAUCAUCCGUUGAACUUGAUACUAAAAGAUCAAGCAGGCUUGAAUUUGAUUUGAACAGUAUUGGUGAUGAUGGUGAUGCCCAGCCUUCGGAUCACAGGAUGGAGGGACAACUCUUUCUUGGAAGAAGUAGCUAUUGGAGCCCCUCACCUGCAUCGUCGUCAUCGUCAAUGCAGCCAUCUGUUAGAAACAUUGAUUUGAAUGACAGGCCAUGCCUUCAAAUUGAUUUGGUAGACCAGGGCCCCAGUAAGUCUUCUCAUAUUAUCAAUGCAUAUGGUUGUUCUAAAUCAUCAGAUGCUCCUGUUAUCUCUCUUUUGGGUGCCAAGGUAGAAGUUGGUAAAAAAGAAUGUGUUCCUCAAACUCUGUCUUUGCCGAAUGGCAAGGCUAUUGAACCUGCAAUUGAUCUUACAAUGUCAAGAGCAGGUAGUGUUUUAGGUAUAGCCCCCACAGUACCCUUCAAUCAUUCAUCUAUUUUUGGGUAUAAUGGAGUGACAUCAGCAUCAGCGGCACCUGCAAUGUCUUUUUCAUCAGCCAUGUUCGGGUCAGGUGGCUCAAUUCCAUAUAUGGUGGACUCGAGAGGAGCUCCAGUUGUUCCUCAAGUGGGUGGAUCUUCAUCAACUGUCCUUUCAUCUUUCUCUCAGCCACCAAUCUUUAUGAACAUGACCGGUACACAACUCGGUCUGAAUGGAUUUGGACCUUCGCGUCCUAACCUUGACUUGAACUCUGGCUUCAUGAUUGAGGAUGCGAAUAGAGACGCAUUGGCUGCAAGACAAAUUUUCUUUCCUGGUCAGAGCAGGACUGGGGAGGAGCAUGUAAGAACCAUGCCGCAACCGUCAAGUUCUGGUGUUAAUGGGAAACGAAAGGAACCUGACAGUGGUUGGGAACCCUACCCAUUUAGCUACAAACAUCCGCAACCUCCAUGGAAGUAGCUUCUAAUUUAUGAUUUUAUCUCUCUUCUGAACUGUUCAUAAACACACACCUUUCCAAUUAAUGCUUUAUUACCUGAAAUGAUCGUCAAGAAUAGGUCAGCGCACUAGUAACAGAAGAUCUCGAACUCAAUAAAUGAUGGGGGAAGAUGGAUGUAAUAUGAUUCAAACGAUUGAUUGUUAAAGAGGGUAGAAAUUGGGUUUUUCAUAUUGUAUUUUUUUUCUUUUCUCUUCUUCCGUUGUUUAUCCUUUCCUGUAGCUUCAUAGAAAGGCAUUACAAGCAGAAAAUCUUGGUGCGUCUAGCUGUAAUUUCUCUAUCAUAUGUCAAAGAAAUUUAUAGGCACAGUAUCAUGUCUCAUUGUCUCGGUGGUGCUUUAAUAUGUUGCCACUAUUUGGUUAGUUUUCAUUAUUAAGUUAAUAGCCUGUAGAAAGCGAAAGGAAGAACUCAGCGACUUAGAAAGGUCUCUGUUAAAAAGUUCUGCUCACUCAUAUGCUUAAUUCUGUAGUAACUUUUAAUUUAUUA